UCUUUUAAAUACACUUUUCUGUGUGCAGCCCUGUUUGGACCUGAACCGGUCCGUCUCUGUGCCUUUUGGCUGUAAAGUGCUAAACUGGAGUCUCACGCUCUUGUUAGCUGAACUGGCACCAGAGGUCACAGGAAGUCAAGAGAAAACGUGGUCAGGACUCCACCACAGCUAUAGACGGCCUCCUCUAAACCACACGUCGUCUCUUUUUCCUCUCCGGCUGAACUCACGAGACCAGCAGCACAUUCUGCAGCGUUUCCAUCAGCAGGAUGAUAUGACGCCAGCCCAGCCGUGAGAAUGUACGAGGUGAUGUCCGGUGACACCCUGGCCUGGAAGGUGCCCAGUCCGAGACAAAGCGGCACCGAGUCCAGCCCCGAAGCGCACUUCACUGGGGAGGGAGGGCCUGUCAAGAUCCUCAAAGUGUGCUUCUGCACCAACAACAACCUGGGCAAGAACUUCAAGCUGGUCAAAUGUGACAGCUCCUGGCAAAUCAGGGCCAUCAUUCGUUCGAUCCUGGUCAGCGGGCGUCUGGGGCCGAACAUUGAACACGCAGGAUGUUACGGUCUCCUGCUGAAGCACCUGAAGUCAGAGGAACUCCACUGGCUGCAUCCAGAUCUGACCGUCGGAGAGGUGGAACAACGAUACGAGAGCCAUCACGUGGAGGCCGAGUGGAGGUACGAUCUCCGGAUUAGAUACGUUCCUGUCAAUUUCCUCGACAGAUUCAAAGAAGACAGAUCGACGUUCCUGUAUUUCUACCAACAGGUGCGAAGUGACUACAUGCAGUAUCAUGCGAGUAAGGUCAGCGAUGGGAUGGCGCUGCAGCUCGGCUGUUUGGAGAUCAGGAGGUUCUAUAAAGACAUGAACGCAAAAGGUCUAGAAAAGAAAUCCAACUUUGAGCUGCUAGAAAAAGAAGUGGGCCUGGACCUUUUCUUUCCCCAGCAGCUGAUCAACAGCAUGAAGUCUAGGCAGCUCCGGAAGUUGAUCCAGCAAACGUUUCAACAGUACGCGACGCUCAAGGAGGACGACUGCAUGGUGAAGUUUUUUGAGACCCUCAAGGAUUUCGUCAGCUACGACGAAGAGGUCUUCCCAUGUGAACUGGUGCAAGGCUGGAGUCUGUCGGUGGAGCUGGUCAUCGGUGGGAGAGGCAUUCGCCAACGAACACAGAAGAAUUCAGCAGCCGUGUUUUUAGCCGACUUCAAACAGAUCAAGAGGAUAGAGUGCUUAUCGCAGAGUGACGGCAAGGCUCUGCUCAACCUCAACAUAGAGGGCGCCAGACAACGUCUAUCCAUCAACGUGGCGACGAUCCCCAUGGCCGAGAACAUGAUGGAUCUCAUUGACGGUUACUGCCGUUUGGAAAAUGACACAGAUGAUACUGUGAUCUACCGACCAAACAAAGAUGGUAAUACGAGAAGUGCCCUACCUGAGAUUCCUACAGGCCGAGACUCCAGCUCAAUCAGACACAGUAUGGGUUCAGAUAUCUACUGCGAGAUCCUCGACGAAAGGCCAAAAGUUGUAAAGUACGGGAUUGAACGAGAAGACAUCGUUCUCGGACGAAUCCUUGGCGAAGGGUUUUUCGGAGAGGUCUACGAUGGAGUGUACAAAAAAUCUGAUGGCGACAGAGUAAACGUGGCAGUGAAGACCUGCAAAGACUGUUCCCCUGAUGUGAUGGAAAAAUUCAUGAGUGAAGCAGUAAUAAUGAAGAACCUCGAUCAUCCCCACAUCGUUAAGCUGAUCGGCAUCAUAGAGGACGACCCCGUGUGGAUCGUCAUGGAGCUCUACCAGUACGGAGAGCUCGGGAACUACCUGACUCAGAACCAAAACAAGCUGACAAAUAUUACUCUGGUGCUGUUCAGCCUGCAGAUCUGCAAAGCUCUGGUCUACCUCGAAGGGGUCAACAUGGUUCACAGAGACAUCGCGGUUCGGAACGUGUUAGUCGCAAGUCCAGAGUGUGUGAAGCUCGGAGACUUUGGUCUGUCGAGAUACAUCGAGGAUGAAGAAUACUACAAAGCGUCCGUCACUCGUUUGCCGAUUAAGUGGAUGGCACCAGAAUCCAUCAACUUCCGACGUUUCACCACCGCCAGUGAUGUCUGGAUGUUCGCGGUGUGUGUGUGGGAGAUAAUGAGUCGUGGGCAGCAGCCGUUCUUCUGGCUGGAGAACAGAGACGUCAUCAACCAGCUGGAGCAGGGCAUCCGGCUGCCCAAACCGGACAACUGCCCUCCUGCCCUCUACUCCCUCAUGACCCGCUGCUGGUCCUACGACCCCAGAGAGAGGCCCACGUUCACCGAGCUGGUGGUCAAGAUCAGUGACGUCCACAAGAUGGAGAAGGAGCAGGAGGUGGAGAGAGAGAGGGACAGAGCUCGUUCCACCAAGUUCUUUGAGCCCAAGUUUAACUUUAACGAACCUCCUCCUAAGCCUUCAAGAAUGAAACCUGGACGGUUUGGGAACACGCUCAGUAUUGGUCUACACAUACAGCUGAAUGAGGCUCUGUGUGCCAGCUCACCCGACCUCGCCAGCCCAUCUGAAUACCAGUCGCCUGUCGACUCCAUGAACUCUCUGGCGCUGCCGACCAGGUCUCCACGGCGUCGCAGCAUGGGGGAGGGCGGCUUCGCCCGAAUGGAGGCGAACAGCCGGGAGGACGCCCAGCGGCUGUGGCACACCGAGAGGAGGCACAUGCAGGACACCCUCCGGCAGCAGAAAGAGCAGAUGAUGGAGGAUGAAAAGUGGCUGGAGAAGGAGGAGAGACUCCUGGACCCCAUGGGACCAGAGGACGCUGCCAGUCCAGCGUCCCCUGAAGCUGACAGUGAGAACGCAGCGCCUGAGAAGCCUCCUCGGCUCACAGCGCAGCCGGCACCCACGGCGGAGCUGGACCGCUCUGAUGACAAAGUGUAUCACUCCGUCAUGGACUUGGUCAAAGUUGUUGUCCAGCUCAAGAACGACAUCCCGGAGCUGCAGCCAGAACAAUACAUCACCAUUGUCAAGUCUGUUGGGAUGGCCUUACGGGAUCUGAUUCGCAGUGUUGACGACAUCCUGCCGACCCUGCACGAGUCCAUCAGGACCGAGAUCGAAGGCACGCAGAAGCUGCUCAACAACGACAUGGCGGAGCUGAUCAGCAAAAUGCGCCUGGCCCAGCAGAACGCCAUCACCUCUCUGAAGGACGAGUGCAGGAAACAGAUGCUGGCCGCUGCACACACUCUGGCUAUGGACAGCAAGAACAUGCUGGACGCCGUGGACCAAGCCAGAGUCAGGGCCAAUUUAGCCAAGCCAGCCGCCCCCUAGCGGACCGCAGACUCUCGUUUUCAGUUUUCCACGUCAAGCUGUCAGAAACAACCUGCACAUAGUCAGACGUUUGUGUUGUGAUCAAAUCAGUGAAAGUUAAGCCUGCACUGGCUCUGUGGACCGCCGUCGUCGUGUACGUGAAUGUUUAGCGUAAACGUGUUGCUGCGCCUCAGUGGAUAUCGACAACCUGUACAAACAAAGUUAUUAUGGCGGUGUGUAAAGUUAUGACAGUCCGUUAGCGUCAUGUUCAGGAAGCAGUCGGUCCUGACAAACUGGAAACUGUUCUUAUUGUGAUUGAUUUAAUUAUCUGAUGAAUUAUCUUUGUAAAUAUAUAAUGUGUCUUGUGACCAAUACGAUAUGAAAAAUAGCAUUAUUAUACAAAAUGAAACUAGUAGUGGAUUGUAAAGACAAAAGGUUCGUCAGCCACUAAACUGUUUAAAAGUCGUAUGCAUUGGAUAUAUUAAGUCUUCAAUCGUUAUAAAAAUGAUGAAACGAAGACCACAAGUGUACGAGUAAUAAAUUGGCAGAUGUGUGUUUCAGGUUACUCUACUUUAAAGAGGUUUUUGUAUUACGUCCGUCGUCUUUAUUAUGAAACAUAAAGCUCUAACACAUAAUGCAGGAGAUACAGCAGUAUAAAUGCUGUACGUGUGCCUCCUCAUUAAAGCCGACCUCUUGUGGAGUUUUGUACAUUUGACGAUGUUUGUGUCCCUUUUUCAGUUUAUUCAUAACAACCUGUCAGAACUACUACGACUGUAAAGUAUCUCCUGCAGACUGAGCGCUAAAGUAAUAAAAGGUCAGUGAAUGUG